AUGUCGAAAAAAUCCGAACAAAUGCCAAAAAGGAGUUACAGCAUUUCUAAUGAUUUGCCGAUAAUUUCAAUAGUUCUAAUUAUCAUAACGACAAAGGUUUGGGAAAAAGAAAACAAAAUUCAUAGAGACAGCCGACGAAAAGAUCUAAUUUGGAAUAAUUUUAACAUUAAAGUUUCAGAUGGUAAUGGAUAUUAUGGUGCAAGCUGUAAAUAUUGUGCUAAGGCUAGAUGGCAACGUGGUAUACCGCAGAAAUGA